AUGUCAGAUGCGAUCGGUUACGGAGGGUUUUGGUUCUCGAUUUGCUUUUGCUGCGACAUGAUGCAUCUGUUGCAGGGACGUGUAUUCAAAAAAGAAGACUUCAACCAACUCUCAAUUGGUUUGGUCCAAAAAUGGCAUCGCGGCGCCUCUCAGCGUCUGGAAGAGAAAGCAAGUGAUUAUUCCUGCCAGAUUGCAGGACAAAAUCGCGAAUUCCUGGGCGCAUGUCCUGCGGAAGCUGUCGAUCGAUCCAAACCCGUUCCAGCUCCACGAGAUGAGGCCGACGGGAUGAUUUCGGGAUUUUUUCUGAUCAUGGUUUUGAUACAAGCGAGCGAGGGCAGAGGGCCACAUCACCCGAGAGGAGAGGCGGUCGUCAAACAUGUGCACUAUAGGCCCACCAAGACAGCGCCCGAAAAGCUCACGCAGGACGCGGAGCUUUUGCACGACAAGGAACAUCUCCAGGAACAUUUGGAAGAAAUCAUCAAGGAACCCGAUCUUUCUAAAAUGACUGAUGAGGAACUAGAGUUUUACUAUUUUCAAGUACAUGAUACUGACAAAAAUUCCAAACUUGACGGGCUUGAGAUUCUCAACGCUAUUCUUCACACUGCUCAUGAAGAGAAACAUGAGGAAGGUGAAGACACACACUCACUUGAAGAUUUUGAGUAUUAUGUUGAACUAAUUGAUCGUGUUUUGGCGGAAGAUGAUUCCGACAAAGACGGCUAUUUGAGUUAUCCAGAAUACACCUCAGGGCGGAGAAAUGCCAUAAUUGCUGAAAACAGAAAUCAGCCUUCUGUGAAAAUGGUUUCUCAUGGCUAAAACAAUUUUGUAUAUUUUUAUUAUUUUAUUAUAUUGGCUUGUAGAGUAAUUGAAUUAAUAAAAAAAUGCCAAGAAAAA